ACUAAAGAUCAAAGGACUCAGUACUCAGUCGUGACUGAGUCCCAGUCGGGAUUGGAACUGGUGCAUCCCUAUAAAAUAAAUCAUUCCUUUAUCUUUAUUUUCUAAAGAUAAAUGAUUGGGAAAAAAAGGGUAUCAUUUAUUUUUUAACGAUAAAGGAUCAUUUAUCUUUAGGAAAUAAAGAAAAAGGAUUCAUUUAUCCUUAUUUUUUAAAGUAACACUAAAUGACCACCCCUACUAUAAGAAAAAUCUACAAAGAAAAAUAGAGCAAUUCGAUAAUGAUUGAAAAAAUGACGUCCAGUAUUACCUUUAUACGAAUAUGUUCAUUCAUAGCUUCUAAGUGCAGGAAAAAUGAAAAUCAAUAAGAGAAAUGAAUAAUACUAUAAGAAAACUGUACAAAGAAAAUGGAGUAAUUCGAUAAUCUUUACGAAAAUGAUGUGUAGUAUUAUUUUAUACGUAUAUGUUGAGUCAUACCUGGUAGGUGUGGGAAAAUGAAAAUGAAUAAGAAAAAUGACUAAUGCUAUGGGAAAAAUGCAUAAGAAAAAAUAGAUUGAUUCGAUUAUCGUUCGAAAAAUGAUGUCACUACUAUAUAUAUAUAUAUACAGGUAUGUAUAUCUAGAUAGAUAGAAAGAUAGAUACAUACAUACAGGAUGGCCCAAAAGUCACUUUACCGAAGAACAAAAAAUUGGACAACUCCACUACGGCUCGAGCAAACGAGCUGAUUUUUUUAUCAAUGAUAGAGGCAUGCUUAAGCUUUAUAUUCAUAAAGACAUGUCUAGAGAGAUCCUUUGUUAAGUGUCACUAUUGAUCUCAACAAAAAAGUAUUACUUUUUCACGGAUAGGAUAUAAAAACAAUAUACUUAACAAAAGGUCUCUCUAGGCAUGUCUUUAUGAAUAUAAAGCUUGAUAAUGCCUCUAUCAUUGAUAAAAGAAUCAGCUCGUUUGCUUUUUUUUUUUGAGUAAGCGUAAUGUUUAUUACGUCCGUAGACGCUUAUAAUAGAGUAAGAAAAAGAAAAGGAAAGAAACAAAAAUAGGAAACAGAAAAAGAAGAAGGAAAAAAAGGUUAGAUUAGGAGAAACGAGAGAAAAGGGGGGAGAACUCUGGAAGAGGAGAGUUCAUUUAACUAUUCAUCCUGUGAUUAUCAAUAAAUUGAAUCCAGCGAAUUAGCCCUUUCAGUAUCGGCGACACGAAUUCGCAUCCUGAUAGUUUAGGGUCUGAAUAACUUUAGAAAACAUGAUCGUUUGAUUAUUUUAUGAUAUGAAUUACAUGAACAUUUGCAUUUAGGAUAUUUGUACGGUUAAGACUAUCUGUACCUAGUGAUGAAUAUUGGUUGUUCCCUAAUAUUUCUAUUGACCACUAUGUGAUUCAAUGGAUUAGAGCAUAAGUCAUUGGACAAUAUUUCCCAAGAAAGAAUAAUCGUUAUCAACAGGAUUUUUCAUAUUAACACAGUCAUUCAAGAGUGUUAUGUAUAGUAAAGGUUCUGAUCAAUUGAUCACAUUUGAUAACAUUUUCCUUCGCGCAUUGAAUCAACAGAGACGCAACUAAAUUCAAGAAGAAAAUGUUACGUUUAUGCCAAUACUUUGAGAAGAACCAGAUCAAGAAGAGAUACUUCGUAUGAAUGCAUUGAAUGUGAUGUAGGAUUGUGUCUUAUGGAUUGUUUUAAAGACUGUCGCACUCUACAAGCAUUUUAAUUCAUGUACUUUGUGAUAUUUUUUGCGAAAUAAACGUUAGUUUGAAAUUAUAAAAACUUUUAUUAUAUAAAAAUAAUCCGAUGCUCAAAGGGUUAAUCUUCAUUCUAAAUGUUAUCCGUAGCCACCCUUAAAAUAAUGAAUACUUUUUCUAUCUUCAAUUACGAAAAUAAUAUGACCGUUACCUUUCAAACAUCCAUUAAAUGUUUCAAAUGAGAAAUUGGUGGGCACUCGUGCAAGUCCAUUUAUUGUCUCAUACACCGUUCCAUGUGACAUUUUUCUUAGCGACUGUGUUACAAUUACGACAAAAUACACCAGUACGCUUAAAUCCUAGCAAAACUGUGCGAAAUAAUUUGAGCACAAUCGAAUACAUGAAUAAGUCUUUAUUUUCAGUUACAAUCAAUAUCUAUUACAGGAUUUACGCAACAACACUCUACAUGAAGUGAACGAGACGUUGCGCGUUGAACUGAAUUCGAGGUGUUGGUGGUGAGUGUGUUGUCGAGUAGAUGCGAAACAACUAGAAACUUUUUCAGUUUGCUCUUUUCAAGAGAAGCUGUAAUUGACAAAGGAAAGUAAAUUUUAUUCUUCCAUGUAAUAUAUUUGCAAGUGUCGUCAAUUUGUGGUCUCCAAAAAAGCCCGAGAUCAAAUCCAAAGCGAAAGCCGAUGUUAUUGUACCGAAUGUUGACGCAUUCGUAAUUCGCAUCAUGUAUGCGAACUCUUUCAUAAAUGAAUCCAAUUCCUGGGCAAAAUCGAAUAGAGAAUCCUGUUUGCAUUAUAAAGUAAGAAGAAAGAAUCGACUUGUGACAACAAAUGCCUGCAUGUGUAAAAAAAAGAAAAGUGAAGAAUAAGAACAUAAAACUACAUUCAUACCGAUCUCUUAGAGACAGAACUGAUGUCAUAUAGUGACGAGUUGCGCAUAUAUAUUUUUUUUACCAAAGUAAAAUGUAACAGAACAACAUAAGUAAAUACAAUAAAAAUAAAGCAAAGUUAAAGACAUUUUUAUAGUCAUUUUUGGGCACUUUAAACGCCGUUGCAAAUUGACAGAAUGAAUUGUCGCGAUAAUUGUAAUAACGAAGAAAAUGUUCACCAGUAGGACCAACAUUGCAUAAAUAAAGAGUUACAGCAGCGUCUAGCCUAAAAUAAAAAAAUUGUUCUGAACGUGCCGUUGCAUAACGCCCAUUGAGUCACGUAUUUCAGCUUAAAUGUACACGAAAAAUAAACUAAUCAACUGUACAUGCCAUGGCUCCAAGCCGUUGGGUCACAGUACAGCUUGAUCAACUGUCGAAAUUGAAUGCCUAAGAUAAUCAAUGGGACUGGUAUGCCUUUUUGGCUUUGAUGUCACUUGACACGACUAGUUUGCCUUUUCGGCUUUGAAUGAAACUUGACAAUUGCUCUGCAUUUAGUAUACUACAUUAACCUUUAACAAGGAUAAACUACUUAGGAUAAGCUAUAUAUUAUAUAUAUAUAUAUAUAUAUAUAUAUAUAUAUAUAAAGAUGAAAAAUGGGAAAUAGGUGGGCGGGUAUUGAAAAGUGUAACUUGAAUAAAUGCAGAUGUUUUAACAAAUUAAACAGUAUAAUACGAAUAGCUUUUCACUGAACGAGAGCACAAGAAGAUGAUAAUGAAGUAACAACUUAACAACAAUGAUAAUGAACUUCAAGCAGAAACGAGCGCUAUAUUCAAAACAAUAAAAAAAAUAAUCAAGCAAGAGAUAAGUCGAGUCUACAUGGACCUUCUUUAAUGUCUCGUUUCCUCCCCAUUAAAGAAUUAAUCAAUCUUUUCACCUCAACGAAUAAGAAUAGCGCAACAGAAUUUUCAUUAUCUCUCUCGUUGUUUACUCGUUUGAAUCAAGUGAAUCAUUUUUGAAAAUAAUCAAAUAAGCUGCUAACUUUUUUCACAUUUAAUAUGAAUAUAGUCUUCAAUUCUUGUUGCUUUUUCUCUUUUUUCGAUACAAUAUGAAUCCUUAGUCGUUAAAGUUCGUUCGUCCAUUAUUAUCUUUGUUUGUGUAUUUACUUUUGUGACAUACUUAAAUUCUUUUCUCACAUUAUCUUCUUUGUAUUUGAGUUUUUGUCAACGAAAGAAUACUUCAAAUCAUUUUAGCAUAUCUCGUUAUCUUCUAUCAACUUUCAACAGCAUUUUCAACCAAUUUUGGCCAAUAUGAUUUGGUAGCGAAAGAAAACAAUGAUGGAACAACACGAUUUUUUAUUGUUAGUGAUUGGGGUGGUUUACCAAUAUCGCCGUUUGAUACACCAUCUGAAGUUGCUGUAGCUGAUGCAAUGGGUAAAUUAGGUGUAAAAUUAAAUACAACUUUUCAAUUGGCAUUAGGUGACAACUUUUAUUAUGAUGGUAUUCGAGCUGUUAAUAAUUCAAGAUUUCAAAAUACUUUUGAACAUGUAUUUUCAGUGACAUCAUUACAAACUUCUUGGUAUGUUUUAGCCGGCAAUCAUGCUCAUAGAGGAAAUGUUUCAGCAGAAAUUGAAUAUGGAAAAACAUCAAAACGGUGUGAUAAACAAACGAAAUUAAUUGAUUUUGUCAUGAUUGAUACUGUUGUAUUUUGUGGAGGUGGAGGUUUAUCAGAUUGGGAUCAUACUCCAUUGGAAGGUCCAAAAAAUCAAUAUGUUGCCGAAGCUUAUUGGCAAUGGAUUGAAGAACAACUUCAUCAAUCGACAGUUCCAUAUUUGCUUGUCAAUGGUGAUUAUCCAGUAUAUUCAAUAGCUGAACAUGGUUCAACUAGAUGCUUGAUUGAUCGACUUCGUCCAUUACUUCAUCAAUAUCAUGUAACAGCAUAUAUCUGUGGACAUGAUCACAAUCUGCAACAUUUGACGAAUGAUAUGGAUGAAGUGCAUAUGAAUUAUUUUGUUGUAGGAGCAGCUAAUUUCAUAGAUUCAAGUCAAGAACAUGCUAAAGAUGUACCAGCUGAUUCACUCAAAUUUUUUUGGGCAGGUUCAUCAGUUUAUGGUGGAUUUGCUUUGAUGGAACACAACCCUACACAUUUAAGUUUAUCUUUUAUUGAUCAUUCUAAACAAAUAUUAUAUCAAGCAAUUAUGACACCUCAUUUCUAA